AUGGAUGAAUUUCAAACAGGAUCAGAGACGGCUUUCGUUGUGGAAGACGUGAGCAGGAUUGUCAAAGAGUCAGUUGAAGGUGUUAUCGGUGGCAGUGCCUAUCAGCACAGUAGAGUCAGUCAGUGGACGUCUAGUGUGGUGGAACAAAGCCUCAGUCAGCUCAGCAAGCUGGGAAAACCCUUCAAAUACAUCGUGACCUGUAUCAUCAUGCAGAAGAACGGGGCGGGUCUACAGACAGCAUCUUCCUGUUUCUGGGACAACAGCACUGAUGGAAGCUGUACAGUGAGAUGGGAGAAUAACUCCAUGUACUGUAUAGUCAGUGUCUUUGGUUUGGCCAUUUAA